AUGGCGAUGUUAGCUUUCAAGUCCGAAGAACACCUACCGCUCGUUGAAAGAGAAGAGAUAGAAGAUGAAGAAGACUUGUUCGAAGCUAUUGAUAAACUGAUUAAUCACGGAAUCAAUGCUGGGGAUGUCAAAAAGCUUCAGGAUGCAGGAAUCUUCACCUGCAAUGGCUUGAUGAUGCAAACAAAGAAGAGCUUGACAGGAAUAAAGGGUUUAUCUGAGGCAAAAGUUGAAAAGAUUUGUGAAGCUGCUGAAAAGAUAGUGAAUUUUGGAUACAUCACUGGAAGUGAUGCUCUUCUGAGAAGGAAAGCAGUUGUUCGCAUAACAACUGGCAGUCAGGCUUUAGAUGAACUCCUAGGAGGUGGAGUUGAAACACUUGCAAUCACAGAAGUCUUUGGGGAAUUCAGAUCUGGGAAAACACAGCUUGCCCACACACUGUGCGUUUCUACACAGCUUCCCACUAGUAUGAGAGGCGGCAAUGGAAAGGUUGCUUAUAUUGACACUGAGGGGACUUUCCGACCUGAUCGUAUUGUUCCAAUUGCUGAACGAUUUGGCAUGGAUCCAGGAGCUGUGCUUGACAAUAUCAUCUAUGCCCGUGCGUACACAUACGAGCAUCAGUAUAAUCUACUUCUUGGUCUUGCUGCCAAAAUGGCUGAGGAGCCUUUUAGACUUCUGAUUGUUGAUUCAGUGAUUGCUCUAUUUCGAGUUGACUUUACUGGAAGAGGAGAACUUGCAGAAAGACAGCAAAAGUUGGCUCAAAUGCUCUCUAGGCUGAUAAAGAUUGCUGAGGAAUUCAAUGUUGCUGUAUACAUGACCAACCAAGUUAUUGCUGAUCCAGGAGGUGGUGUUUUCAUUUCUGAUCCAAAGAAGCCAGCAGGAGGACAUGUUCUUGCUCAUGCUGCCACAAUUAGGUUGAUGUUCAGGAAGGGUAAAGGUGAACAACGUGUCUGCAAAGUCUUUGAUGCGCCUAAUCUUCCUGAGGCCGAAGCUAUAUCCUUACAUCUGUUCUUGAAUAUUUACAUUAUGUCUGUCCAUUCUAACUCUUCUUUAUCCAAAAAAAAACAGCCAUUAAUUGGAUUCAUCCUUGACAGAAGCACGUUUUUCAGAUAA